GUUUUUACAAUAGGUUGUGGGAAGCCGCCCGGUCCAGUUCAGUAUCUAGAGUUCCUCGUGAUUUUCUUCGAAUUUAAAUUGCAGCCGCCUAUUUGCAGUGCCAGAAUUUGGAACACAUUUAAUUGGUUCUAAAUAGUCAUUUAUUCAGUGCAAAGAAAAUAAAAUUAAGACGAGAUGUCUUCUAAUAACGAGAACGGAAACUACAGCAACGAUGACGAGCCAAUUUCUGAGCCUGAGCAAUUGCGUAAAUUGUUCAUUGGCGGUUUGGAUUACCGCACUACCGAUGAUGGUUUAAAGGCUCAUUUCGAAAAAUGGGGCAACAUUGUCGAUGUCGUCGUUAUGAAAGAUCCCAAAACCAAACGUUCUCGUGGCUUUGGAUUUAUCACAUAUUCGCAAUCGUAUAUGAUUGAUAAUGCUCAAAAUGCCCGGCCACACAAGAUUGAUGGACGCACUGUUGAACCCAAGCGUGCAGUGCCACGACAAGACAUCGAUAAUCCAAAUGCUGGUGCCACUGUUAAGAAAUUGUUUGUUGGUGGUUUGCGCGAUGACCAUGACGAAGAGUGCCUUCGGGAGUAUUUCAAAAGCUAUGGCAAUAUUUUGGGUAUUAACAUAGUCUCGGACAAGGAGACUGGCAAAAAGCGUGGCUUCGCUUUUGUUGAGUUUGAUGAUUAUGAUCCCGUGGACAAGAUUAUUUUACAAAAAUCCCAUACCAUCAAAAAUAAAACUUUGGAUGUAAAGAAAGCCAUUGCCAAACAAGAUAUGGAUCGCCAAGGCGGCGGUGGCGGUGGAAACCAAGGUGGUGGUGGCGGCGGCGGUGGACGCAAUCAAGGUGGUCCUCGUGGUGGUGGUGGCCGCAAUGAUCGUGGCAAUCAAGGCGGUGGAUGGGGUGGUAAUCGUCAAAACGGCGGAAAUUGGGGUGGCAACAACAGUUUCGGAAACAGCGGCAACUUUGGUGGUGGCAGUCAAGGUGGUGGUCCUGGUGGCUGGAAUAACCAACCAGCUCCCUGGAACAAUCAGGGUGAUGACUGGAACAGUGGUGGUGGUUUCGGUGGCGGUCCUCAAGCAAAUGGCGGCAACAAUAGCUGGGGUGGAAACAGUGGUGGUGGCAACUUUGGCAAUGAUUACCAACAGAGUUAUGGCGGUGGUCCACAACGUGGCAAUAACUUUGGCAACAGCAGACCGGCGCCUUAUGGAUUCAAUAAGGGUGGCAACCAAGGAAGCGGCAGCAGCCAAACAGGUGGUAGUUUCGGUAAUAACUACAACAGUGGAGGUGGACCCGGUAAUAUGGGCGGAAAUAGAAGAUAUUAAUUUAAGGUAAUAUAGAGCAAAAACAAAAUACUAUCAAGCAGAAAGAGAGAGAGAGAGAGGGAGAGAAGAUGAGAGACAGGCAGGAUUAAAGGCAAGGAGAUAUGCAAGAAGAUGAUGAAGGAAGAAUAAUAACUCUAGGCUCAAACAAGCAAACAAACAAACAAACAAAACAAAACAAAACAAGCAGGCAGGAGGCAGGCAGGCAUAUCAGGCAUAUAUCUAUUUAUAAUCAGAUCAAAUAAGCCAACUCGCGUGUCAGUCAACUUACCUUCUUGUUCAGCCUGUGUUUAUUAGACAGUAUUGAGAUUGAUGUCCAAAAGCGUCGAGCGUCUUUAUUAUAACUUGUUCCUUCACUAACCAUCCCACUGCUUUAUUAUAGGCUAGUAAGCUUUGUCUCGUCUCUUAUGUAUGAAAACAAAACAAAAAAUUAUUUAUAACAGAAAAUAAUUUAGAAGAACCAUAAUCAUGCAAAAAGAAAAAAAAAAAAAACAAAAACAACACUCCUUCGCAUAUAUUAACACUUGUGGAUGUUUAAGAUCUAAAUGAUUUGUAAUUUGUGCCCCCAUACACCGCCACAAGAACUUUAUAUAGCUGUAGUAUAGUAGUAUGUAUAAUUUUUUUUAUUAUAAAUUUAACCACAGAACCAGCAUCCAUUUUACAAAGAUAAGGCUAUAUACCUACCAACAACAAUGAUUUCUAUACAAAUUGAAAUCUAUAGAACAUUUGUAAGACAUUUAAUAAAGAUAAGAUAAAAGGAAGACCACAGAGAUAUCCUAACAAGCCAAAAAGCCCGUCUCCCAGCAAUUCUUAAUGCAGAAGAAACGGUGUGUGAGCAGAACAUUCCAUACUCUCGCACUACUACAAGGAAGUUUAUAAAAACGUAUCAUCAUACCAUCUUAAGUUUAAACGUCGUUCGAAACUCGUUUGCCAAUUUGGUUAAUUUGUUAAUUUUUUAACAAUUUAAUUUGACGAAUUUAUGUCAGAGAAUUUAUUUUUAAAUAUCCAAGGGAAAAGCAGAUGCUUUCAAACUAUAAUCACCAAAAUUGUUUUUUUUAGCAUUAUCAAUAUACUUCAAGGCCAAACCGAAGAGAGAAAAAAGAAAGAGAGAGAGAGAGAUACUCCGAGAAAGGUCUGUUAGCUCCCUAGAAAAGUAACAAAUGUAUGUGAAACUCUUGCCUUUCAAUUAACAACAUAACAUGUAGUCUGGUCUUCUAGUGUAUUGAAAUGUUAACUUUCUAUACAUAUAUGUCUACUAGAAGGAUUUUUGAUAGAACUUAAGCAUGCAACAACUCUCUAGCAUCUAAGGAAACUAGAAUAUAAAAAAAGAAACAUCAACAUUAAGAAAGAAAUCUACAACAAAUCCAAAAUAACAGGAACUAUUGUGUUGCAAACACAUCAAAUAAAGAGUGACAUUAACUGUA